AUGAAGUAUGGCAAGGGCGACAAGGCUAUCGUCGCCUCCAACAUUAUGUAUUAUAUUGUUGGCCAGUAUCCUCGCUUCCGUAAGGCUCACUGGAAGUUCCUCAGAACGGUCGUCAACGAGCUCUUCGAGUUCAUGCGCGAAUCUCAUGAGGCUCUGCAACCUAGCGAGAGCGAGCCGUUCAUCAAGGAGAUCGUUCGCAACCUGCAGCACAUUACUUGCGAUCUCACUCGGCAACAGAUUCAUACCUUCUACAAAGCCUGUGGCCAUAUGGUUGCGGCACAGAGCAACAAGCACCAGCAGGAGAGCCUGCUGGCGGAGCUCAUGCCUACUGCCAAUGCUGCGUGGGAUGAUAUUAUCCGUGCUGCAACUCAGGGUCCCGGGAUUCUAGAGGACUCCGAGACGAUCAAGAUCAUUGGAAACAUCAUGAAGACCAACGUCUCUGCUUGCUCUUCGAUCGGCGGCUACUUCGGCCCUCAAAUUGGCCGGAUCUAUAUGGAUAUGUUGGAAAUGUACCGCGCAACAAGUCUGCUAAUCUCGGAGGCUGUCGCUCGUGCAAUUGCGCCGCGAACGCCCAAAGUACGAGGUUCUAGAGCCAUCAAGAAGGAGAUCCUAAAGUUGAUCGAGACCUACGUCGAGAAGGUUGUAGACCUACGAGCUGUCCGGGCGCAAAUGGUGCCUCCGCUUCUUGAUCCCGUCCUGGUCAACUACAACCGCAAUGUGCCAGGUGCCCGCGGCGCAGAGGUCCUUCGUGCCAUGUCUGUGGAAUUGAUGGAGGACCAAUUUCCAAUCAUCAUGCAGAACGUCCUCGAGUGCACGCUUGAGAUGAUCAACAAAGACUUCUGCGAGUUCCCCGAGCACCGCGUCGGGCUCUUCAACCUUCUCAGAGCCAUCAGCCGGCACUGCUUCCCUGCUCUGCUCGAGCUCAACAACCGGCAGUUAAAGUCUGAAUAUGGGCCUGAAGCUCGUUACGAACAUCGCCAAAAGACCUAUGCCCAGACUGCGACCGCCUUCUUUCAGCAGUUCUUUUCGACGAUUCUAGACCACGUCUUCUUUGCGCUGUGCGACCCCGAUCACAAGGCCGGCUUCGAGACGCAGAGCAUGCUGCCCAUGCGCAUGCUUUGCCUUGUCCACCCUGCCGAUGGCACGACGCCAAAGAUCCAAGGUCCGGUCUACUCGGACGGAACACCCAGUAGCAUAAGUAACAAGACUAUCUCGUUAACUACUUCGUUCCGCCAUCAUGUCCGCGACUUCCUGAUCUCGCUGAAGGAGUUCGCCGAUGAUGACGUCGAGCUCUACGUUGUCGAGAAGGAUCAAGAAGAUCGUAACAAUCUUGCUGCUAAGCACGAGCGGACAUCGAAGGUCGGCGGCUUGUUAAAGCCGUCCGACAUUGGGGACGAGGAGAUAUGA